CCCCAGUUGCCAUCGGCUCAGAGCGGGAGCGGCUCCAGAGGCGGCAGCGGCGCGGUCGGGGGCUGCUGGGUGCGGGUGCCCUUCGGGGAGACACCCACUCCCCCGCCCACCCUACGGCCCCCCUGCCCUCGGUGCUGGUGAUGACCCUGAACACGCAGCCCGGGAGCAGGAGCCCGCUGCGGCGGAGGGCCAGCACCCCGCUCCCGCGGCCGGGUGGCUCUGGGGCCGCUUUGCGGGGUGAGCCCUGUCACCCCCAGCUCGGCCACACCGCCUCCGAGCCGGGCAGCCGGGCCCCCCGCGGCAGCGGGUCCGCCGACUCCUCGGGCUCCCCAAGCCUCAGGGAGCCCCGGUACCGAGUGGUGCUGCUGGGUGACCCCGGCGUGGGGAAGACCAGCCUGGUCAACCUCUUCGCCGGCGUCCAGGAGAGGGACCUGCUGGACCAGCACGGAGGGGCCGCGUACGAGCGCAGGCUGACUGUGGAUGGCGAGGAGACCACGCUGCUGGUGCUGGACACCUGGGAGCCAGAGCAGAGGGGUGAGGAGAGCCAGCGCCACAGCCACUGCCUGCAGAUAGGGAACGCUUACAUCAUUGUUUACUCUGUCACUGACCGGGACAGCUUCGAGAGCGCCUCCGAGCUGCGCAUCCAACUGCGCCGUGCGCGCCAGGCUGAGGACAUCCCCAUCAUCCUGGUGGGGAACAAAACUGACCUGGUGCGCUGCCGUGAGGUGUCUGAGGAAGAGGGCCAGGCCUGCGCUGCUGUCUUCGACUGCAAGUUCAUUGAGACGUCGGCAGCUCUGCAGCACAACGUGGCCGAGCUCUUCGAGGGGGUGGUGCGGCAGAUCCGCCUGCGCCGAGGGGGCAAAAAGUCCCACCUGCACCCCACACCUGGCCAGAAGCACAAGGAGAGCCUCACCACCAGAGCCCGGCACUUCCUCGACAGGCUGGUGGCCAGGAACAGCAGCAAAGUGGCCCUCAAAGUCCGUUCCAAGUCCUGCCAUGACCUGUCUGUGCUCUGAGAGCCACGGUCCUGUCUCUCCACACAUGCCAGCUGGGAGUCUGCUCUCUGCCAGCAGUGUGGCCAGUGGCUCUGUGGAGAGCUCAGAUAGGGCUGGAGUGAUGCUGAAGAUGUGGAGCUGUUUUUACUGGUGCUGAGCGAUGCAAAGGUGCUCUGGAUCCAGCCACUCCCCUCCAGGAGAGGGGAUAAGUGGGACCAGGUUCAUGCAGUGGAGGAUGGGAUGGGUACCUGUACUUGGGGUGGUAAGAUUUUGGAUCACAGCUGCUCCUGCAGAGCAGAGGUGAGUGGUAGCUGUGCCCCAGAGCAGGGCUGGAGGCUACCAGGAGUGUGGCAGGUCCCGCUCACAGUGCCAUCCUUUGCAGGGCAGCAGGGACUGGAAGGGCACCAUGGCAUUGUCCACCUUGGACAGCCUGGAGCCUGGCUGGGAAGAGGGGGCAGGGGAGCACCAGUGGCAUCACCUGGCACCCUGAUCCUGCUGUGCCAGGGCUUUGUGCCAUGUCCCACUGGCACCAGUGUUUCUGUGCUCUCUCUGUACUGGUGGGAUGGGGAAACCCUUGAUCUGCAGAAUAAACCGCGUCAGGGAGG